CGGAUGUGAAACAAGAUAGCGCUACCGUAAUUUGACAGUGAUAGGUAACAAGGUAACCUCAAAAAAUCAACCUAACCCCUUUCACAUGUUUUCAAACAGCGUGUAUUUGAAUUUUGGUUCAAUUUGUGAUUUUUGCUAAGUCGGAUAUGGAAUACACGAUAGGAAGUGUAGCAGAUUUAAUCACCGGGAAACAUACUCCAAACAAGCCGAAAAUCUCUAAGAAAGAAGUGAAAAUGAAAAAAACGGAACCUCAAAACAUGAACGCUGUUGCUCCUAAGCUUACUAAAAAAGAUGGAAAGCGGAAAAAGAAACAUAGUGCAUUACCAGAUUUCGAAUCAGCAAUGGACAAAUUUGAAACCUUCAAUACCGGGGAUUCCCAAAAUAAUAAGAAAAACAAGAAGCGUGAAUUCAACCAAAACAAAACUAAAGGCGAACCUAGCAGAGUAUCAUCGAAAAGGAAAUCUAGUAAUGAUACAAAUGACAGCACAGAAGUUCCAAAAAAGAAAAAAAAGAAACAACCAUCUAAUGAAACUGUAAACAGCAAGAAACACAGCGCAAAACAUUUGAAUGGCAUUGAAGACUCUGAUGAUGAAACACCUGACUCACCAGUCAAAUUGAGCCACAACCAGAAGAAUGCAGAAAGGCGAAUCAAAGAUAAGAAGAAGAGUGAACCUAAUCCAGAAGAGACAGCAAAGACAAUAUAUGUAGGCAAUGUUCCUUUAAAUACAAAUAAAAAACAGCUGAAGGCACUAUUCCAAAAGUAUGGUGAAAUUGAGAGUCUUAGAUUUAGAGGUAUACCUCUAGCAGAUCCAAGAACACCCAAGAGAGUUGCUGCAAUCAAAAAGGAAUUUCAUCCUAAUAGGAGCAGUCUUUACUGCUACAUAAGAUUUUUUGAAGAGGAUUCUGCAAAGGCAGCAGAGGAGGAAAAUGGAACACUGUUUGAAAACCAUCACCUGCGAGUUGAAACCUGUGAUAAAAAGACAAAACCUGAUGAAAACAAGGCCAUUUUUAUUGGGAAUCUAAGUUUUGAUGCUGAAGAAGAGGAGCUUUGGAAGCUGUUUGAACCAUGUGGAGCAAUUUCUUCUAUAAGGAUUAUAAGAGAUCCAAGGACUGGCAUGGGAAAAGGUUUUGCCUAUGUAAAUUUUGAAGAUAAUGAUGCUGUUCAGCUAGCGUUAGAAAUGGAAAAUGUCAAGUUGAAAGAUAGAGAAUUAAGAGUAUCUUUAAGCAACCUGAGUGGAGCCAAGAAGAAACAGAAGAGUGUGAGCAAGCCUUUAAAAAGGAAACAAUUCAGAAAGAAAUCACAGAAUUGACCAAUUGAAAAUACCAAGAUCUUCUAAUGCCAGCAAAUUAUUGCAAAAAGUCAAACUGUUUUGCUUAAAAAGAUUCCAGCUCUCUAUUUUGUCUUUGCAUUUGGAGCACUACAAACAUGUUAACUGAAAUGUAUUUAUUUUUCAGAAACAUACUUUCGAUAAGUCUGUUUUGGAAAAGAAGAAAAAAGCAAAGAAGAUUGCUCCUCACACAUCAUAAACAGUUUUAAAAUGGUCUUAGGGUGGUGACAACUGUUCUA